UUCGAGCAGCUACAAACCUCUAUUAAGACCACUUCGUGCCAAUUCGUAAUCUACUCUUUUCGAGACACUUAACAUCAGUUUAGGACCGACCGUGAUGGAACCAUUUGAGUGGAGCAAUCGGGUGCAUUUCAUCGUUACUUAUAUGUACGAUACAGACAAUAAUGGAUACUUGGAUGUAUGUGAUUUUGAAUGCCUUGCAUUGAAAUAUGCCAUUCAGGAAUGUAAAGGAGUCUACAACAAGGAGGUACAUGAUAAGAAAAAGCAGGUUAUGAUCAACUUGUGGAACGAGAUAGCGGACAUGGCUGACUUUAAUAAGGAUGGGCAAGUGACAGUGGAAGAGUUCAAACAGGCUGUUCAGAAUGCUUGCUUUGGUAAGACAUUUGAUAACUUUCCUGAGUCACUCAAGUACGCCAUAACUUCCAAAUUCAACACUACAGAUAACAAUGAGGACGGAUUGAUAACUUUGGAAGAAUACCGUUUAGACUGCGUCUCUCGGACAGCCAUUGGUAGCGUUGCAGAGAUAGACGAAUGUUUUGAAAAACUGCUUAAUGAAGAUGACCAACGUUUAGGAGGCAUCAAUUUAAGCCGUUACCAAGAGCUUUUUGCUCAGUUCAUUGGAAGUCCAGAAUCUAAAGUGCCGGGAGUAUAUCUGUUUGGUCCCUUGCCUGUGAUUGGCUGAAUGACGGGAUCCAAUUAGAGAGUGCAUCGACGAAGCCAAUUUUCCCCCACAGGAAGAGAUACAUAUUGUAUGCUUGAUCUCCCUCCAAUUGUAUUGUCGUUGAAAAGAGUUUCAACUACAGUAAUUGGCAGUCUUGAUGCUUCAUGUAUGGCUGGAUUGUUGAAUUUAAAUAUAUCUUGAUGUUUAUUGGCUAAUAUAUUCAUUACAAUCUUUUUAUCCUGCAUUAUCUUUUAACCAUUCAAAUACUUAGAAAAGGUUAAGUGAUCCUAAAUGUAUGUCUGUUCGCUAAAAUUUAAUUAUAUUUCUUAUAAUGUAGAUUAAUUUAGCGUAAAGCUAUUUUAUAUCGUGUUUCCUCACAUUUGUAGGUAUCUGAAAAAUUAGGUGCGGCAUUAAAAUAAUGGUUUGAUAUUUGUUGUUACAACUAAUAGUAAACUCACAAUUCCAUAUUUAACACUUAAUUCAAUGCUAUCUCUCCUAAAUUUUCUCAGAACUCAGUUAUUUAUUUAAUAUUAUACUAAAAGAGAAUUAUUCUCAAAUUCAGAGAAGUAUUUGCUUUUGACUUGAAAAGAAUAAAAACUCGUGUUGUGGUAUGAAUUCAGAAGACUUCUGCUUUUGCUGAAUAUAGAAAUAACUGUUUGUAUGACUUUUCUAUAUAUGUUUUCAUAUUUAAGAACAAGAUAACCUUUAAGGCCACUGCUUCAUCUAUAUAUUGACUUGUAAUGGUCAAAUACAAAUGCGCUACUUGGUGAAGUGCAGUUUAGUGUACUUGUAUGAUGGUGUCACUUUGCAAACUGUUGGUCGAUGCUAUGGUGAAUAAAACUGUUGAAGUUGAAAUCUA